AUGGCGACGCUCGCUGAGAAAUUCGAGAAAAUCAAGUCGCCCAAGCUUCAGAACCAGCACCAUACAGCCAUAGUCCUGAACGCUGUCGAAGAUACACUCCGCGACCAAAAAGCCGAUUUCUCCGCUACAGCAUACUUUGCAGCUCUCCUCGCCUUGCUCAGCCAGGCCCUCAACACCACAAAUGGAAUCGUUAACAAAGAUCUAGCCACAUCCGUGGUCUACUUACUCGAUAUCACAGCAGAAGAGGUCCCCGCUCCCUUACUGCGCUCCAAAUUUGCUCAGAUCCUAUCCAAUCUCGUGCCCGCAUUAACACUCGCCGAUGUUGAAGCGCCUCUACUCCGCCCCUCAAUCGGUAUCCUCGAGACCCUCCUCGUCGCCCAAGAUGCCAAUUCAUGGGCUUUGCCUCAUACACAAAUCGGCCCCCGCCGUGCGACAGCUGGUCUGUUGAAUUUGGCCGUUGAUCAUCGUCCCAAAGUGCGCAAGCGAGCCCAGGAUGCGUUGGUGAAAGUUCUCAAGAACCCGCCUCCGAGUCCCUCGCUUGAUCAUCCCGCGGCAGAUAUGUGUGCGGAAACGGCUUUGCAGACCUUGGCAGAUAGCGUGGCUGCUGCAGGGAAAAUAAAGAAGAAUAAACAUAGCAAACACGAUAAGGAUGGUGGUCAUCAUGAGCCGGCUAUUAUUCAUUCUUUGCAUCUUGUCAAGACCGUUGCGGCUGCGUCGGGAGGAUGGCCGAGCAAGAAGAUCGAGCCGCUGUGCGAGUUGCUUAUGAAUGUGUCACGGUCAAGCAAUGAAUUCAUUACAAUGGGCGCAUUUGAAGUGUUCGAAGUGAUUUUCGAGGGCAUGGCCGAUGAAUUCUCUUCAUCAAAACUGCCCCGCUUAUUGGAGUCUAUUCAAGAAUUGAGACCCGCGCAAAAUGACUCUCAACUUCUCCCACCCUGGAUAGCCGUCUUGUCGCGCGGAUACGAUGUCUCUGCUCAAAUCAACCCGGAAGAUACUUUUGAAAAGUUGCCGGGUCUUUUUGAAUUGAUUUCUUCUUUCUUAUCGUCUCCGUCGAAGAAUAUUCGCAUCUCUGCUUCGGAAUGUCUCAUUUCUUUCCUCGCCAAUUGUGUCCCGGAUAAUGUGAUUCUCGAGCCGUCUGUUUACGAUGAGACGACGUUGGAAAAACUGGCCAAGUUCGCCUCGGAUCUUUUAUCGGUCAAAUACCAGGCCGCAUGGGCGGAAGUAUUCAAUGUCUGCGCAGCAAUGUUUGAAGCUUUCAAAUGGCGCUCAUCCCCGUACCUUGUAAACAUUGUCCGCACAAUUGGCGAAUUGCGCAGCAACAAUUCAUUCCAGGGUAAGAAAGAAGCCGAUGAAGUUUUGGGUCGGGCCGUGUAUGCCAUGGGUCCGCCUGAAAUCCUUCGUAUCUUACCACUCAACAUCAUUGAACAGAAACCCGGCCAACCGGGUCGUGUUUGGCUUUUGCCGAUUCUGCGUGACAAUGCUUCCAAUACGAAUUUGGCACAUUUCCGUUCGGAGAUGGUUCCUCUAAGUGAAGCUCUGUACCAACGAGUUCUAGAAUUUGGACAGGCUGAAAAGACGGUUGAAGUCAAGAUCUUUGAGACUAUAAUUCAGCAGAUUUGGUCCAUUUUACCGGGAUACUGCGAGUUGCCCCUCGAUCUUGAAACGGCAUUUGAUCAGGGAUUCGCUGAGUUGUUGUCGAAUGUGCUUUAUAAACAGACCGAGUUGCGAGUUGAUAUCUGCCGCGCGUUGCAGAAUCUCAUCGAGUCUAAUCAAGCCAUUGUCGAGGUUGACACGGGUGCUGAGGGUGAAAAUCUUGUCCUUCAGCGACGAAUCUCAAAGUCAACUGCAAAGAAGAACCUUGCUCAUUUAUCGGGUUUUGCGAGUAACUUGUUGGCUGUGCUGUUUAAUGUUUAUAGUCAAACAUUGCCUCAUUAUCGAGGGUAUAUUUUGCAGUGUGUCAAUGCGUAUUUGAGCAUUACUCCUGAAAAGGAACUCGAAGAAACAUUUACUCGGGUGACGGGGAUGCUUGAAUCUGAACUUCCAUCUGAAGAACAGGCCGCCAAACAGGGCAAUCUACAAAAAGGCACAGACAACAAAAUGCCACCAACCUCUCAUACUCUAAUUGACCUGCUAAUCGCCAUGUCCAUCUACUUACCCCGAACGAGUUUCGCAAACUUGUUCCGCAUUGCAUCCGUCGUUCUGAACAGGGACGCAUCAGACCCACAACUAAUCAAGAAGGCAUACAAACUCAUCCCUCGUCUGGCAAGCACAGAAACCGGGAAAAGUGCGCUGAUCGAACGCAACGAUGAAUUACAAGCCUUGUUACUAUCAACAGCCGACAAGACCCCAUCACCAGCCCGCCGUGACCGACUACUCGCAAUCAACGAACUGGUCUCGUAUCUUCCCACAUCAGAUCUGCACUUCAUCCCGUCGAUUCUACCCGAAGUCAUCCUGGGAUGCAAAGAGUCCAACGACAAAGCACGAACAGCAGCCUUUGAUCUCUUGAUCCACCUCGCAAAACGCAUCACAGACACCGAGCGCAACCCACCAGGGACUAUAAUCCGCAACUCCUUAGUCCCGCACAUGCCCAACGACACACCCGACGCAGCAGCCAAUCUCGAAGAAUUCUUCACAAUGGUCUCUGCUGGUCUGGCGGGUACAUCACCACACAUGGUCGCCGCCUCCGUCACAGCAUUAUCCCGUCUGUUUUUUGAGUACCGCACCGAACUCACACCCGAAACUCUAAGCAAUCUCGUCGAAACAGUCGAAUUAUUCCUAACAAGCAAUAACCGUGAAAUCGUCCGCUCAGUCCUCGGUUUCGCGAAAGUCGCUGUUGUCUGUUUACCAGAGGAUAUGCUUCGACCACGUCUUAAUUCUCUUGUGCCGAAUCUAAUGGUAUGGAGUAAAGAGCACAAGGGUCGUCUUCGCACGAAAGUUAAGGGUAUCCUGGACCGGCUUGUGCGUAGAUUCGGUGCGCCUCUUAUUGAGGGGCUGGUGGGUGAAGCGGAUCGGAAAUUAGUCGUGAAUAUUCGAAAGGAGCGCGAGCGCAAGAAGAGGAAGAAGAAGGAGGGUGCAGAUGACGACAAUGAGGAAGCCGAUACGGCCAAGGCAGGAUUCUCGAAUGAAUUUGAUAGAGCCGUUUAUGGCUCCGAUGUCUCAUCGGACGACGACUCGGACAGCGAAGAAGAAGGAAGCAAAUAUCAGAAAGGAAGAGGUAAACGAACAGCGACAGGAGAACAAUACAUCCGCGAACUAUCCCCCGAAUCAAAUCCCCUCGAUCUCCUCGCCCCAGACGCCCUGGCAUCGAUAUCAACCACAAAACCCUCCCUCCGCUUUCUAGACAACGGCGUAGGCAAAAACCGUAAACGACAUGGCGCCAAAGUCGACGUUGACGGAAAACUGAUCUUGCGUGAUGCCGACAAUGCUAAUGAAGACGAGGAGGGCUACCAAAUGACCGGCGCUGGAGAAGAUACAGGCACAGGUGGUAUAAACGCAUACCUGGACGCAGUCAGUGGUCCCAACGCAGUUCGACGAGGACAAAAGGGGCGCCUGAAAUUCGGUAAAAAGGAUGCAGAUGGCAUGGAUAUCGACGAUGAGGAUGAUGUUGUUGAUAAUGACGUGAAAAGAAAAGCGGGUGGAAUCGCGGCUGGACGGAGAGGAUUAGGUGUACCGAAAUCGCACGGCGCGUCGACAGCAACGAAUAAAACGAAGGGAAGGAUUGAAAAGAGGAGGAGUGGGAGUGGGAGUGGGAGGGGGUUUGUAGCUAGGUCUAGGGGAAGAGGGAGACGUUGA